CAAUUUAUGUGUAGUUCUGCACGGGGUGGCCAUAGCGUUUUGUUGCUCCUGUCCUGCUACUUUUCUUUUUUAUAUAUAAAAUGGUGCUCCAACCAUGCGCCUGUGUACACAUACGAACACACUAGCUACACAUGUCUACCAGCUUGGAAUAGAGCAAGUGAAUAUAUAUAUAUAAUAGUUCAGCCUGAGAUCAUCCUCUCCCCACAAGUCUUCUCCUCACACAUAUAGCAGUGCGAAGACACACUGUACUAAACCGCGAGGAAAAGUAGCAAAGAAAUUACAAGGGGGUGGACGCGCGGGGGGCAAGUCGUCUCCUUCGAUUUCGUUCUUGCCUCUUUGCCUCUCUCAAGGUCUGCUCAAACUCAAAGUGGAUUCGGCAGAACACGCAUGGCGUAGAGCGCGGGGAGCAAGAGAUUUCCUAGCUUCAAGAACCUGGAAGAACAAGUCGAGGAUCCGUCGUCGAGCCCGACUGUUCUAAGAGAAACUAGAAGAGGAGGAGGAAGCUGGCGAACUGGUGGUGGGACGAGGGGCGGGGCGGCCUGCCGGAGCCAUCCCUUGGCAAGAACCAAGAAGAAAUGGCACCUUCCUCCAAGGACGGCGCCACCGCCACCGAGCAGCCGACGAGCGGCGACGACGACCGGGAGAACGGCGGCACGGGCGAGCCCAAGGAAGGCGCGGUGGUGGCGGGCAACCGGCGGCCCCGCGGGCGGCCGCCGGGGUCCAAGAACAAGCCCAAGCCGCCCAUCUUCGUGACGCGCGACAGCCCCAACGCGCUGCGCAGCCACGUGAUGGAGGUGGCCGGCGGCGCCGACGUGGCCGAGUCCAUCGCCCACUUCGCGCGCCGCAGGCAGCGCGGCGUGUGCGUGCUCAGCGGCGCGGGCACCGUCGCCGACGUGGCGCUCCGCCAGCCCGCGGCUCCGGGCGCCGUGGUCGCCCUCCGCGGCCGCUUCGAGAUCCUCUCGCUCACCGGCACGUUCCUGCCGGGCCCCGCGCCGCCGGGCUCCACGGGGCUCACCGUGUACCUCGCGGGCGGCCAGGGGCAGGUCGUCGGCGGCAGCGUCGUCGGCACGCUCACCGCGGCGGGGCCCGUCAUGGUGAUGGCGUCCACGUUCGCCAACGCCACCUACGAGAGGCUGCCGCUGGACGACGCCGACGAGGAGCCCGCCGGGCAGCAGGCGGCGCAGCUGCCUCCCGGACCGGGCGGAGGGCAGCCUAUGGUAAUGGGCGGGAUGGCCGACCCCUCAGCGGUGCCAAUGUUCGGCGGCGCCGGCGGUGUGCCGCCAAGCCUCAUGCCAGCAGGGGCCGCAGCCGCCUCCUCCGGUGCGGGCCUGCAGCUCGGGCACGACCGACUUGCAUGGGCUCAUGCACGGCCACCGCCAUACUAGGAAGCCGGGGAGGAUGCAUCAUCCAUGACCGAGGAAAUUGAUGAAUUAGAAAUGGAGGAUCGUUCAGCGCAACAACAGCUAGCAGCAGCUCAAGGACGACUGCCACUCACCAUCAUAUAGUAACUAGAACCGAACGAAGAUCGAAUUAAGCGCUAGCUUCCAGGAGCUAAUAAAACUCUCUUCGAUCAAUUCUACCUAUUACAGUACUCUGCUAAGAAGGUAAACUACUUAUAGUGCUAUAUAUGUAUGUAUAUUACUACACUGCUACUGCAUGCAUGUGACUGUGUGGCUGUGCCAAAUGUCAGCGCAAGAUACGAUGGAGCUUGCAUUGUUUUUUCCCAUUGUAAUGUUUGAUUUAUAUUAAUUAUUAGAUACAGCAUGAUAAAUAGAUGAUGGAUGAUUAUUA